AUGACCCUGGAGGGUGUGAAGGAAGGAUCUGAACUGGCCUCAGGGAUCCACACGGGGCUGGCCGUGAGGGACAUCUGUGACCAUCCCCUACAACUUGUCCAGGAGCCAGAAGACCAGGCUGGGGUGGGCCUGGACCCCCUGCUUCUGCAGGGUGUGCUGACACCUGCUCCUGUGGUCCCGGGCCCUGGGGAGCCAGCCAAGUCUCCUGGUUCUCUUGGAUGUACAUGGGGGCCUUUUGGGGGCACCCUGCAGGUGGUGGCAGCUCCACUGGCCCUCCCCAAAUCCCCACCCCUGCUUAGGCAGCCCAAGGGACCAGCUGGCUGGUUCCCCGUCCCCCAAGAUGUCUGCUGGGGCCUGGAGUUCAGGCCCCUCCUCUGCAAGAGAUUCCUGAGCAUGGCAGCCCCUGCACGGACGGUGCUCUUCCAGCGAGAAAGGUCGGGCCUGACCUACCGUGUGCCUGCACUGCUCUCCGUGCCCCCUGGGCCCACACUGCUGGCCUUUGUGGAGCAGCGGAUCAGCCCUGAUGACUCCCAUGCUCACCGCCUGGUGCUGAGGAGGGGCACACUGACGGGGGGCUCUGUGCGGUGGGGCGCCCUGCGCGUGCUGGGGACAGCGGCCCUGGAGGAGCACCGGUCCAUGAACCCCUGCCCCGUGCACGAUGCUGGCACGGGCACCAUCUUCCUCUUCUUCAUCGCCGUGCUGGGCCACACGCCUGAGGCUGUGCAGAUUGCCACAGGCAGGAACGCGGCCCGCCUGUGCUGUGUGACUAGCUUCGACGUUGGCCUCACGUGGAGUAGUGUCAGAGACCUUACCGAGGACGCCAUUGGCGGAACCGUGCAGGACUGGGCCACGUUUGCUGUGGGCCCAGGCCAUGGUGUCCAGCUGCCCUCAGGUCGCCUGCUGGUGCCUGCCUACGCCUACCGCGUGGACCGCCGGGAGUGCUUUGGCAAGAUCUGCCUGACCAGCCCUCAUUCCUUCGCCUUCUACAGCGACGACCAUGGCCGUAGCUGGCACUCUGGAGGCCUGGUGCCCAACCUGCGCUCAGGCGAGUGCCAGCUGGCCUUGGUGGAUGGCGGGCAGGCCGGGGCCUUUCUCUACUGCAAUGCCCGGAGUCCCCUGGGCAGCCGUGUGCAGGCGCUCAGCGCCGACCAGGGCACCUCCUUCCUGCCGGGAGAGCUUGUGCCCACCCUGCCUGAGACUGCCCGGGGCUGCCAGGGCAGCAUUGUGGGCUUCCCAGCCCCACCCUCCAGCAGGCCUUGGGAUGAGGGAUGGUCCAAGAGCCCCAAGAGUCUCCACAACCCUCCACGCCUCUGUUCUGGAGUCCAGGAAGCCCGAGAGGAGGUUGCUGGAGGCGCCACUGGAGGCCAAGUGCCUGUUGGGCCUUUCAGUCAUUCACAAUCACAGGGGGAUGGCCCUGGGCAGCCUGGCCCUGGGCCUGGGUUCGGUGGGGACAUGGGGUCCUGGGCCCUGGCACUUCCAGUGCCUUCCAUCGCAUCCCAGAGCCCCACGUGGCUGCUGUAUUCCCACCCUGCGGGACGCCGGGCCCGGCUCCACAUGGGCAUUCACCUGAGCCGGUCCCCACUGGACCCCCAUGGCUGGACAGAGCCUUGGGUGAUCUACGAGGGCCCCAGUGGCUACUCCGACCUGGCAUCCAUCAGGCUUGCCCCUAUGGGUGCCAUGGCCUUCGGCUGUCUGUUCGAGAGCGGGGCCAGGACCUCCUAUGAGGAGAUCUCCUUCUGCAUGUUCUCCUUGCGAGAUGUCCUGAAGAAUGUGCCCCCAGACCCCCAGCUGCCCCACUGGGGCCCCAAGCCUCAGGGGUGCUGCUGGCCCUCCUGAUGGGCACUCAGCCUAGCCUGUGUCCCUGGGUGUCCCAGGACGAGGUGGGAGGCCAGGAGGCUAGUUGACCCCAGGGUGGAAGGGGCUCUGCAUCCAGCCUCCUGAUAAGUGUUUCGGAGGGGGAAGUGGGAUGGGGCACCCUGCUGAGUGACAGACAAACUGAUCAUCGUGCCCUAGAGCAGGCGGGCUGCUCUUUGAAAGACGGCAGCCGCCCACAGUGAGGGGAGAGGGCCAAGGCAGAUGGGGGCAGCAGGGGGACCUGGAUGCGCACAGUGGAGCCUCGGAUAACCCAGGGUAUUUGUUCUCUGUAACAGGGUUUUUCUUUAACACCCACUCACUGCCUGCUUUCUGGCUUAUGGAAGAGAAAUAAAGGGAUGAUGUUUGUGUCCACGCA